CCGAAGUGCGAGUGCCGCGGCGGCGGCGGACGGCCCAGCCAGAGCGCGAGGGGCUCGGGGGCGUGCGGGGGUCUCAGUGCAGCAGCGGGGACCCCGGGGCCCAGAGGCGGCGCAGCCCGGGGCCGCCGGGAGGAGCGCGGGCGGUCCGGCGGCGGCGCGAUGCCGCUCGCCCAGCUCAAGGAGCCCUGGCCGCUCAUGGAGCUGGUGCCGCUGGACCCGGAGAAUGGACAGGCUUCAGGGGAAGAAGGUGGACUUCAGCCAUCCAAGGAUGAGGACGUCCUCAAGGAGAUCUCUAUCACACACCAUGUCAAGGCUGGCUCUGAGAAGGCUGAUCCAUCCCAUUUUGAGCUCCUCAAGGUUCUGGGCCAAGGAUCUUUUGGCAAAGUCUUCCUGGUGCGCAAGGUCACCCGGCCUGACAGUGGACAUUUGUAUGCCAUGAAAGUAUUAAAGAAGGCCACGCUGAAAGUGCGUGACCGUGUUCGGACCAAGAUGGAAAGAGACAUCCUGGCUGACGUGAACCACCCGUUCGUGGUGAAGCUGCACUAUGCCUUCCAGACUGAGGGCAAGCUUUAUCUUAUUCUGGACUUCCUGCGUGGUGGAGACCUGUUCACACGACUCUCAAAGGAGGUUAUGUUUACAGAGGAGGAUGUGAAGUUUUACCUGGCUGAACUGGCACUGGGCCUGGACCACCUGCACAGCUUGGGCAUCAUUUACAGAGACCUCAAGCCUGAGAAUAUCCUUUUGGAUGAGGAGGGCCACAUCAAACUCACUGACUUUGGCCUGAGCAAGGAGGCCAUUGACCACGAGAAGAAGGCCUAUUCCUUCUGUGGGACAGUGGAGUACAUGGCCCCCGAGGUUGUCAACCGCCAGGGUCACACCCACAGUGCAGAUUGGUGGUCCUAUGGGGUGUUGAUGUUUGAGAUGCUGACAGGCUCCCUGCCCUUCCAGGGGAAGGAUCGGAAGGAGACCAUGACCUUGAUUUUGAAGGCGAAACUAGGCAUGCCCCAGUUUCUGAGCACAGAAGCCCAGAGCCUCCUGCGGGCCCUGUUCAAGAGAAAUCCUGCCAACCGGCUUGGCUCGGGCCCUGAUGGAGCAGAAGAGAUCAAGAGACAUAUCUUCUAUGCCACCAUUGACUGGAAUAAGCUCUACCGUCGUGAGAUCAAGCCACCUUUCAAGCCAGCUGUGGCCCAGCCCGAUGACACCUUCUACUUUGAUACUGAGUUCACUUCGCGCACACCCAGGGAUUCACCAGGCAUCCCCCCCAGUGCUGGCGCCCAUCAGCUGUUCCGUGGCUUUAGCUUUGUGGCCACUGGUCUGAUGGAGGAUGACAGCAAACCUCGGGCCACGCAGGCCCCCCUGCACUCAGUGGUACAGCAACUCCACGGGAAGAACUUGGUUUUCAGUGAUGGCUACAUAGUAAAGGAGACAAUCGGCGUGGGCUCCUACUCUGUGUGUAAGCGCUGUGUCCACAAGGCCACCAACAUGGAGUAUGCUGUCAAGGUCAUCGACAAAAGCAAAAGAGAUCCCUCAGAAGAGAUUGAGAUUCUUCUGCGGUAUGGACAGCACCCCAACAUCAUCACCCUGAAAGACGUGUAUGAUGACGGUAAGCACGUCUACCUGGUGACAGAGCUGAUGAGGGGCGGGGAGCUGCUGGAUAAGAUCCUACGGCAGAAGUUCUUCUCCGAGCGGGAGGCCAGCUUUGUCCUGCACACUAUCAGCAAGACUGUGGAAUACCUGCACUCUCAAGGGGUCGUCCACAGGGAUCUCAAACCCAGUAACAUCCUGUAUGUGGAUGAGUCUGGGAACCCCGAGUGCCUGCGCAUCUGUGACUUUGGCUUUGCCAAGCAGCUUCGGGCUGAGAACGGGCUCCUCAUGACACCUUGCUACACAGCCAACUUUGUGGCACCUGAGGUGUUAAAGCGUCAGGGCUACGAUGAAGGCUGUGACAUAUGGAGCCUGGGCAUCCUGCUGUACACGAUGCUGGCAGGAUACACUCCAUUUGCCAAUGGGCCCAGUGACACACCAGAGGAGAUCCUUACCCGGAUCGGCAGCGGGAAGUUCACCCUCAGUGGGGGAAACUGGAACACGGUCUCAGAGACAGCCAAGGACUUGGUAUCUAAGAUGCUGCAUGUGGACCCCCACCAGCGUCUCACAGCCAAGCAGGUCCUACAGCACCCGUGGAUCACCCAGAAAGACAAGCUUCCCCAGAGCCAGUUAUCCUACCAAGACCUGCAGCUUGUGAAGGGGGCCAUGGCAGCUACGUAUUCUGCACUCAAUAGCUCCAAACCCACGCCCCAACUCAAGCCAAUUGAGUCAUCCAUCCUGGCCCAGCGGCGAGUGAGGAAGCUGCCAUCCACCACCCUGUGAACCUAGUGCAGACAGACUCCUCGGGGGCAGAGUCCUUCCCAGAGGGAGCAAGCCUGAGUCCCAGGACCAAGCGGAAUGGAGUCCUGAAAGCAGCCCAGCUCACCCGUGAGGGUGUGAAGUGCCUUCCUCCCCGGACCGGCUCUUCUGGCCUCAGGCUCCUUCGUGUGAAAUCCGCUCACUGUACAAACUAUUUUUUAAGAAAAAAAAAAAUGGCAUCAUCUACCAUGAAUUUUUUACAAGAUCCAUUUGCCCUUUUGACCAUUGCAGUCCCAGGAUGAACACUCAUGUGUGUGGCCGAGACUCCCCUCUGUUGGCCAAGGAGCCAUCUGCACACGCCUCCAAGCUGCCCAGCGUUGCCUCAGAGUCUGGCUCCUCAGCAGAACUUGGUCCCCAGCCGUCUCCUUUUCCGUUCUGUUCUGGGUUUCUAGAACCACUUUCUGCUAGAGCCAAAGACCCCAACCUGUCAGCUCUUGGCUGCAGGCACCAGCACCACAAAGCGCAUCCACUGUGGGCCCCUGCGGUCGGAUCGGACAACCCCGUGGAGAGGAGGCAGAGAGCACUUUUUGGGAGACUUCCUGUCUGCCACUGGACAGAGUUCACAGGAGACCAGGGAGGCGGUCCACGGGGGAUGAGGGUUUUUUCAUUUCCUCCUCAGCUGGUAACUCAGGGUUCAUCUGUCCAAGGCCUUUCUAAUAAACUUACAAACCAGUCAAAGCA